AUGUUAGUAAAAGUCAGUGUUGGCUCAAAGUCUUUCCCGAUAGAGAUAGGAAAGGAAGAUGGUUCGAUCUCAACGCUGGGAGAGCUGAAAAGUCAUAUCUCCAAGGAAGCCAAUAUAGAAUCUUCCUGUAUGAAAAUUAUCCAUAGAGGGAAGACUAUUACCGGUGAGGACGAUCUCUCUUUAGUAGAUAUGAACUUCAAAGAGAAUGACAAAAUAUUGAUUAUGGGGAAGUUUCUUCAGGACGACCCCGGUUUUUCUGCCCUCGUGGCUUACGAGAAGGCGAAUUUAUUGGGGCUUCAGAAGCAGCAUGAGCAAAUAGAAACUGAUCUUAGUGCAAUGGAGCUGAAUUUUCUUGAUGUGCAGAAAUCAUUGGAAAUGGUCAAGAGAAUGGAGAAGAGACUGGCACACUUCACGGAGACUUCUAUGAAACAUCUCGAAGCAUUGGAUGGUUUGAGUAUCAUCAAGGAUGAUACAAGCGAAACUCAGGCUACACGAAACCGUGAGAAACGGAAAAGUCUCAUUGAUGGAAUUAACACAUUGCUGAAUGGGAACGAUAAGCACAUUCGAAGGCUAGAAGAGUACAAAAAGAAGCUUCUCGGAGAAAUUAUUGAAUGA